GAUUUUAAAGGGGCGGGCUGUGUGUUGUCUGACGAAUAAAAGCUGUAGCCUAUAGAUCAGAGCGAGGCUUUUUAACCGGGUACAACCAGCUAGGCUUAAAGGAAACAUUUCGUCUUAAAUAUAGAGCAGAGGUUGCUACCGAGCGAUAAAGGUCUGAAAAGCUACGCAAACAUGAGCGACAAGGGGACAGUCUCACCGAAAGAGAAGGAAGCCACAGAGAAGAGAGGGCGUGGAAGACCCCGUAAGCAGCCGCAGGUAAAAACCUCUGACGAACCAAGUGGGUCCCCUACUCCAAAGAGGCCCAGAGGACGGCCGAAGGGCAGCAAAAACAAGACAACCGGCAAGGGCAAAAAGGCAACGGCAGCCCCAUCUGCAGGGGGAAAACGCAGGGGAAGACCUAAGAAGGAGGAAAAGGAAGAAAAAGCAUCCCAGGAAUCAUCUGAGGAGGAAGAGGAAGAGGACCAGUAAUUCACAACGCAUGCUACCUCACUCAACAUACUGACUUACUGUUAACCAGAACUGGGCUGUAUCUCCAACGCCAGUGCCACCACAUGACCACUGUUCACGACAAAGCCCCCUUUUGCCAAAGGAGGGUUAACACAGUACAUAUAUCAUGCAACAGCACUGGAUAGAACGAUGGACUUGCUCAAGCAUAGAUCUAAGAAUUACAUGAAAGGUAACAGCCCGUUUCUCUACAUGUCAUGUUAUUACAAGUCUUUUAUACUGGACAAAAAGGUGUUCUCCAAGGAGCCUGGACAUUUCCUCCUUUUCUUUUUUUCUUUUUUUUUCCUCCCCCCUAAAGAUGGUUUGUAGAAUGUUUUCUCUGCUUAAUGUUACUUAUUUGUUGUACCCGCAUCUGAGAUGGUAGGGCAUAUAGAUUUUUCUCCAUGUUUUGUACUGGACAAAGGUGAAUUUUACCUAUACUUGCUUUUUUUUUCUUUUUCUUUUUUUUUCCCAAAGUUUUGUUUUGAGUGUUUGUGUGAAGUGGUUAACCUAUCCUUUGCAUUGUAUUCUAGAUGGAGUUGAGCUUCAGCAUUUAGGAUGAGAAUAGGUAACUGAUGGUAGAAGUAUCUUUUCCUAAUCUGCAUAACUGACUUCACCCACCCGAUUAGAGGAGAACCAUCUUUAGCCCUCUUCCUGUAGGACAGUUUAGAUUUUAGUGAUGCUUCUCAGACUUCCUUCUCAGUUCUCUGCAUAAAGUGGGGAGAUGUAAAAGUGUAUCAUUAGUCAUCAGAAUCGAUCUGACUUACUGUUUUUUUUUUUUUGUUUUUGUUUUUGUUCCUUCGGGUUACAUACAUUUUAAAACACGUGUGCUGCUUCUCAUGUUAUAAUAAAACUCUUUCGUAUGUGUUUUUUAAGGUUGGCAGAGUUCUAGGCUUAAAGUCAUCAGUGUCGUUUCUUCAGGGAGCUUUUACAAAUGCUGUUACAUUGGCAUCUUUGUCCUCACAUGGUCCUCAGUUUUCCAAGCCCUCACUCAAUCACUCGUAAGGCAAACUGCAAUUGGUCAGACAAGGAGUUUGAUUGUAACACAGGAUAGUUGGUGGCACUACUAUCCAACAGGGCUGUAUUAUUUUAUUUUAUUUUAUUUUUUUCCCCCCCUCAUUCCAUCUAGCCUCUCACUGCUUUGCCUAGCUUGGUCCUCCUGUCAUCACUUAGUACGGUAAUAAUAAAAAAAACUUUUUCCUUAGUCUUUUGAAGAUGUGUGUUGUAUGCUGUCUGCUAUGGUUAAAGAAAACUUUUGUGUAUUUCCAAGUGUCAGGGAACCCACAGUCACAGUCCACUUAACUGGGUUUUUCCACACACCUAAGCUGCUACAACCUCAGUUACGAAACCCGGAAAACUGCAAACAGGCAAGACAAUGCCUGGAAUUUCAUACCUCACUCAAACGGCUUAUUUUACCAUUUAUUGCAACUGGUUUUUUGGUUUUUUUUUUUCGGUUUUUUUUUUAAAUGUAACCUUUGGCAUGAGUUGACAAUGUUUUUUUUUUUUUUUUUUUUCCUCUCCUGACUGUAAUGAGAGAUCCAAGAGGUCGAGCAUGUGAUUGUGUGACGACACCAACACUUGGCUCAUUCAUAACCGGAGCUUGCAGACAGGUUUUUUUUUUGUUUUUGUUUUUUUUUUUAAAUGUGUGAAGCAAGUCAGGGAGACCUGUCAGCUUGACGACUGUGUUCGCUGACUGUGGUAGAUUAGCAGGUGUGUUUUUAUCCUUUUAAGAAAAAAAAUCUUCUGGUGCACUGAAAUGUUAGUUCAGAUUUUCAUGGACAAAUGUUUGUGAUGGACUGGGCGCUUUUUCCAUGUUCCGUUGGCCACUGUGUGUCUACCACUGCCACACAUAGCCAUCCUCACCAUACUUGUACAACGGUCAUUUCAUGUCCUCUGUCAACUUCCUCCUAGUCUCGAUAUCAUGUCAUUUUACAUAGUAACAUCAGUCAUCCGUUGAUUUAUAUACUGUAAACUCAAUAGGAUGGGAUCAUUCUUUUUAAUGUACACGUAUAUAAAUGUACAAUGUCUAUAUUUCUAUGGUGCCCUACAACAAUUUGUAUCAGAAAAUGGUCAAUAAAAGAGAAUUUUCUUUGUCACUUGUUCAUAUUAUUGCACUCUGCUGUGCAGCUCAUGCAGGCUACAAUGAUGCAUUGCAACUAUCUACAAAAGUAAAUAAUUACAUUUCCAGUGUUUCAGUUACCUUACCAAGUCUCUUGAACCAAUGGAUGUACAGUCUGAAAGGAGAAAGAUUGUAACAAUGUUCCCAAAAUUACAUUUGCAUCAGUCCAUCUCAUCAAACAUCACCUGAAUGCACAGCCCUUCAUGCAAAGUUCUCCAGAGGGGUGUACUACAAGGUGAGGUUUAAGAGUUAGCCAAGUUUCCUCUGCAGAUACUAUACCACAUAACCAAGAAUCUAUCAACCAAUAAAAGUAAUUUCACUUCAUUAGGUGAUGGGACAGUAACCUUUAUAAUAUUUAAACCUAUCCGAAAUUUCAGAGCUCUAAUGUGCGGUCGUCAUGUUAGAAAUAAGCAGUUGCAGAGUGCACCACUGCUUGAUAACAUCUAGAGCUGCUAGGCUCAUAGGGAUCAAUUCUGUGCAGAAGAUCAGUCACACAAUGAAACGCCCCUUUUAUGUGAGCACUCGCAGAAGCUGAAGCAGAAAACCUGCCUUAACAGUUGAAAAACACCAUAUUACCCAUUUUAUCUGACAGGGGUUUUAGGUUUUGUCAAGAAAGUCUUGCAAUCUUGAACUUUAUAGUAGAACCCUCUGUUGUGUCACCUGUGCAAAUCUUCUCAGCCAACAGUGGAUACAAUUUUAAAGAUGAAUGGCUCAUUUCAUAAAAUUCUUCACAAAAGCUGAAAAAAAAAAAAAAAAAAAAAA